AUGUGCACUGCUGUGUUACCCACUCGGGAGUUACCCCACUUCCACCAGCCAUCACUCAAGCUGAGUUUAAUCAACUCCCAUUCUGGUCGACUGCGCGCCAAGCCCAAUCUUGUCCCAGUUUGCCCAGUGCAUUAUCGGUUAAUGGCAGAGCUUGUGGGGCACAUUCGUCUUCAUCACAUGACAAGACACCCACUAUUUCCGCGCACCCAUCAAACAAGCCCAGAAGUUCUCGAGUUUUGGAGCCACGCUGCGAAUAGAAACUUUGGAUACGAAGCAGGAGAAGAGAUGUUGCGAGGAGUGAAACAUCUUCAAUGCCCACGAUGCCCAAAAACUCGCGACACCAAGUUCAAAAUAAUCGAGGCUUGCUUGGAGCAUGUGGCUAACCAGCAUUACCAUAACGUUGGUAGCUCCAGGAGAAAUGGAGCGACUUGA